GAUCCUCCUGUCUUGGCCUCUUAGAGUGCGAGAUUACAGGCAGAAGCCACCACACCCAGCCUCAAAAUAGUUCUCUAGGGGUCUGUCAGGUAAAUUGGGCCUAAGAACUCUGAGUUUGUCCUGUCCACAUGCACAACGACAUUGCCUUCUCUUCUAAUUUUGCUUCUGCCUGAGGUGAUAUCCUAAGGCUGAGCCUUCAGAAUACUAGGUGCAGCAGAUUUAAUAACUGUGCCUGAAUUUGGUCAACCUCAUUAGCCCAACCCGAUAAUUAAAUUCCAAUUAGAAUAUCUCCUGCUCUUGACACAAAAAAAGAAAAACUAGUGAGUAACAGAUUAGAUUAUUUUGAUCUUUUAAUUUCCUUUAGGCAUUGGGUCUGUAGGUCAAUGAUUAAUAUUAACAUGCUUUGUGUAAUUAACAUUAAGUCCCCUGAUAAGUAGGACAGGAAAUUCUUUAUAGUUAGUAUUUUAGAAGGAUGCCUCUAAUCUCCAUUUGCACAAAAUAAACUGACAUAUGAUUUUCUGGGAAGGAUGUUAGAAUAAAUGACUAUCCAAUCGUAGGAUAGAGAUCUAUUGUUAGGAAGUAUAUGUCCAUUAAAUUGAUUGUCUGACUCUGGUUUUUAAACUUUUUAUUUUGUAAAAUUUGAAACAUACACAAGAAUAAACAGAAUAUAAUACCAUCCUGCUCUAACAACCAUCAACUUAUAAUUAAUCUUUUGCCACUCACACCUCUAACCUCCUCAUAUUAUUUUUGAAGCUUAUUCUAGCUUAUUCCAUAUAAUGUAAAAGAUGAUAUAAAAUCAUUUCAUCUAAGGAUGUUCCAGUAUAUCCCUCUAAUAGAGAAGCAGUCAUUGUUUUAAAACAAAACUACAGUACCAUUUCUGUCCUAAAAAAGAACAAUAAUUUCUUGGUAUUAUAAUAUUUUUCCUUUAUUCUUAUUUUUACUUUCUUUUAUAGUGAGAUCAAUGAAUAGAUCAUUAGUGGUUAAACUGGGGGUGAUUUUACCCUGUAGGGGUCAUUUGGCAAUGUUUGGAGAUAUUUUUGUUACCAACUAGGGGGUGCUACUGGCGUCUAGUCGGUAGAAGCCAGGGAUGCUGAUAAACACACAGGAUGGUCCCCCAAUAAUAAAGAACUGUCUCUUCCAAAAUGCCAGUAGUGCUGCUAUGGAGAAAUUCAGGUAGGCAGACAUAUAGACAAAUAGCAGUUACAAUGGACAAAAGCUUAUACAGAAAAGAGAUACAAAAUUAGGUGAUUUAGGUAACCACACAAAGGACAAAAAUGGAUUUAUAAUUGAAAAGGUGAUUCAGAAUAGUUAUUCCAAUUGAGAUGUCCCAUGAUGAAACAGAAUUUUAUGAUUGUUUUAAAGGGAUCAUCAGUGGCCUAUAAUUAAUUAAUGGAACACGUGUUCUGGGUGCCGGUAAAGUAAUUCAGAAAAAUAGGUUUCUUACUUGGGCAGCAGAGUCAAAUGAAGUAAUGAACAAAAUAUUUAGUAAAUACGAGUAGAAUCUGUGUUCUGAAAAAAUCUAGAAAAAAUUAUUUUGAAUCCCCUAAACAGUCUGUCACAAAUGGCUUUGUUUUAUGUAAAACAAUGCUAUGGAUUAAUGCUUGUGACACAUUUUUAAGACAAAAAUGAGUAUUACUUACUUUAAUGUAGACAGAACUAUGCUCAUUAUUCUCCACACAGAACCCUUGGCAAUAAUUUACCUAGCAGCACAGUAGUUCAUGCAGAUCAAAGCUGCAUUAUUUAAGCAUGUCCAGGGGGCAGGUUUUAGCUCUGUGCCUUUUACUUUAAGGAAAAAAAAAAUAUUGGUUUGCUUCUUGAGAGAAAGCAAUGUUUAACGAACUAGGUGCUUCAUGCAAGUCCUACAAUAUUUAAACUCACAUGAAUUUCUCCUGUUAUCUGGGAAGAACUCCCUUUCUGACCCAAAUACUCUAAAAUCUGAGGAAAGUAUAGAACAACUGUGGGAAAGCCAGUCUCUUCAAAUGAACAGCGAUGUAUUUUCGUUUAAAUUAAACCCAAAUGUUAACUAGAUUCAGGAAAGGAAAUGGCAGAGGAGAGUCUGUCGUUGAUAUAGAAUAUGCCUGCCUGCGUCGGCUCACAGACAAGUGAUGAAGUCCAACUCUGAAAUUUCAGGCAAUUUGUAUACCAAGCUCCUCCUUUUCUGCAGUCUUCUUUUCCAUUGGUAAAAUUCUUUUGCAGGGUCAUGUAGGGAUCCCACCCCUUCGCUGUGUUUUCACUCUGAAGCUCUACACAACUUUACACCUGAAUGAACGCCAAACCUCUGUGGAUAUAUAAAGGGAACCUUGAGGAGGAAUUUCACAGUUACAGUGCAGAAGCAGAGGCAAAAGAAUUAACCAGCUCUUCAGCCAAGCAAAUCCUCUACUCACCAUGCUUCCUCUUGCCAUUCAUUUCUAUCUCCUUCCCCUUGCAUGCAUCCUAAUGAAAAGCUGUUUGGCUUUUAAAAAUGAUGCCACAGAAAUCCUUUAUUCACAUGUGGUUAAACCUGUUCCAGCACACCCCAGCAGCAACAGCACGUUGAAUCAAGCCAGAAAUGGAGGCAGGCAUUUCAGUAACACUGGACUGGAUCGGAACACUCGGGUUCAAGUGGGUUGCCGGGAACUGCGUUCCACCAAAUACAUCUCUGAUGGCCAGUGCACCAGCAUCAGCCCUCUGAAGGAGCUGGUGUGUGCUGGUGAGUGCUUGCCCCUGCCAGUGCUCCCUAACUGGAUUGGAGGAGGCUAUGGAACAAAGUACUGGAGCAGGAGGAGCUCCCAGGAGUGGCGGUGUGUCAAUGACAAAACCCGUACCCAGAGAAUCCAGCUGCAGUGCCAAGAUGGCAGCACACGCACCUACAAAAUCACAGUAGUCACUGCCUGCAAGUGCAAGAGGUACACCCGGCAGCACAAUGAGUCCAGUCACAACUUUGAGAGCAUGUCACCUGCCAAGCCAGUCCAGCAUCACAGAGAGCGGAAAAGAGCCAGCAAAUCCAGCAAGCAGAGCAUGAGUUAGAACUCACACUCCCACAACUAGACUUACUAGUAACCAUCUGCUUUACAGAUUUGAUUGCUUGGAAGACUCAAGCCUGCCAUUGCUAUUUUCUCACUUGAAGUAUAUGCUUUUUGCUUUGAUCAAACCCAGCAAGCUGUCUUAAGUAUCAGGACCUUCUUUGGGAAUAGUUUUUCCUUUUCAAGUUUUUCAAGAUGUAGGUAUAUCCAUGAAUGCAAUUUGCAUUUAAAUUCCACGUAUCCUGUAGUUUUAAUUCCUCAUUGUUCUUAAAAGACUGUUGAUACUAUAAACAUCAGUGAAUCAUUAUAUUUUAAAACAGAAAAGGGCUUCUCAGAUACCCUCCAUCUACUGCCCCAUCCCCUCUCUUAAACAAAACUCCUUCAAAACAGAAAGGUUAAAAAAAAAUUGUCAUGAAUCUUCAGAGUAACAUUUCAGAAAGGUGCUUUUUUGGUACUCUUCAUGGGAACAGUUUAGCAGCCAUGAGUGAUCUUCCUUUGAAAGAGAAUGAAAGACCUUGUGACAUUUCACUUCAAAAAUAAGCCCUGUAGCUCUUUACAGUCGCAUAGUAUGAAAUUAUACCCUGCAUGCUGACCCUCGCUUGGAAUGGAAUGCCAGAAAUGCAUGGCAGCGGCUAAUAAGUAAAGCUGAUUAACUAUUUAUUUGUCAAUGUUAUUAUUUAAUGAGCUUUCACAUGUGAUUUGUUUCAAAAUGUUAAUUUUUUAAUGUUUUGAAACUUUUUCAUGGACCUAAAUAUUUUCCUAUAUGAUUCGUGGUUGAUUAGAAAUAUGAAAAUACGUGUUGUAGAUAUGUAAAAUGAAUAUUUUAGUCUCCUUAUUACAUAUAUGUUCAUGGUGAACUUUAUCAAUAGUAUGAAUCUUUUUAAAUCAAUAAGAUGCUUUGUAAAGUUGAAAUACGUAAUACUUUCUUGUUUAAUCUGUGCAAUCAGAAGGUGUCUUGACCUUCAAUUCAAUUAAAAUAAACACUGCUAAAAGUUA